GGUGUGCAAGGAAUAGGCAGCUCCACCUCCACUGGUACAAUGUCGGGCAAGCGAGGUGUGGAUUUCGUCAAGCAGGUGGCCGAGUACGCUGCCAGCAAGGGAGGCUUCGAUCGAGUUCUUAAAAUGAUUACAAUUACUGGUGGCGGCGAGGGUCGAGCCAUUGGAGAGUUUACUGUGGAAAAGGAGCAUCUAAACCGCCAGGGGACAUUGCAUGGCGGUCUGACAGCCACCAUUGUGGACAACGUUACCACCUACGCACUGAUGUCAGCCGGAUCACAUCCGGGCGUUACAGCCACUCUGAAUGUGAGCUACAUGUCGGCCGCCAAGCCGGGAGAGGUUGUUGAAAUAGAUGCUAGAACAUUGCGUGCAGGUCGCAAAAUGGCUUACUUGGAUUGCGUUUUGAGGCGCAAAUCAGAUGGAAGAAUUAUCGCCAGCGGGGGGCAAGUCAAGUACGUUGACUUUGAGAAGGAAACUUGAAACUUGUCAUUAGUAAGGCACAAAGAAUUUCAAUAAAACCAUUUGGCAAAGUACCGAUGAUUCGAUUGGUCUAUCGAUAGGACAACAGCUUGCCAGUGACAUUAAAUGCA